GAUGAAAAAUGAAGUAAUUAUUCGGACUUCCACGUUCCCCAGAGGGCGCUAGCAUUCGUGGUACGUGAUUGGUCAGUGAUAUUCUGUGCUCUUAGGUGCUUAUCAAAACGGGACUUUAUAUCACAAACUUCGGCGAUUUCAAAUUCGAUGUUAUAUUUCCAUUAUUUCACAUUGAAUAAAACUAAAUUUACGUAUAGAGAAUUGCUUUGCGAUCGUGCUAUCGAGUAAAUGUUGUGGUGAAUUAAAAUAACACUUGCAAAGAACUUUAAAUUCAUUUAAUCGUGCAACUUUGUUUCAUCCUUCUAAGCUCACUAAAACACUGUAACUCGAGAGCACAGAAAUAUCAACAGCCAAUCAGAAUGCGCGACGGUAUCGCCCUCUGGGGAACGUGGAAGUCCGAAUUAAUUUGAAAUUGUACUUCAAAUUCUUACAUCCACUCAGGAUGUAUAGAGCCGAUUAAUCGAUCAAAUUAAUCUUCACAAUGUAACGUACUCAGUAACUAUUCUACCACUCUUAAAUCUUGAUGCUCGUUCUUCGGUAUGGCUCAAAAGCCAUUAUUGGGGCAAGGCUCCGAAAAUGUCGAAUUUUUAUGGUUCAAUAUUUCUCAUCUCAAUAAAACUACUCAGUUUUUUCUAUGUACUGCUGCCGUUUUCGUAUUCUACUUAAUUUAUGGAUAUUUACAAGAAUAUAUGUUUGCUAGUGGGUUUAAACCUUAUGGCUGGUACCUAACGCUACUUCAAUUUGGUUGUUAUUCUAUUCUCGGGUUUAUUGAAUUGAAAUGCAGAAGAAUCGAGCGAAUAAUACCUCUAACAAUGUACAGUAUAUUAGCUGCAUUAUCAGUGGGGACGAUUGGUUUUUCAAAUUUCUCAUUAAAAUACUUAAAUUACCCUACUCAAGUCAUUUUUAAAUCUUGUAAAUUGAUACCGGUGAUGAUUGGCGGAAUAUUAAUUCAAAAAAAGCAGUACAGACUAAUCGAUUAUAUGGCCUCUGGUUUGAUGUGCUUGGGGUUAAUUGCAUUUACAUUGGCAGACAGUCAAGUAUCUCCUGAUUUCAAUAUAUUAGGUGUAAUGGUAAUAUCAUGCGCUUUAGCUUGCGAUGCUGUAAUUGGAAAUUUCCAAGAGAAAAUUAUCAAGAAGCACAAUGCAACUAAUUGUGAAAUGAUAUUUUUCUCUUAUUUCAUAGGAUUUUUGUAUUUAGCCGUUAUUCUAACUGCUACUGGCGAUGUGUUCAGUGGAUUUAGUUAUUGUUACCAGUACCCUAGCAUUUACGUCUCUGCAAUAUUAUUUUCCGUCGCCGGUUAUUUGGGAAUUGGUAUAAUUUUAACACUUGUGAGAACCUGUGGAGCCUUGACGGCCGUUACCGUGACAACAUUUCGUAAAGCUGUUUCUAUAGUCAUUUCUUUUAUAUUCUUUCAAAAGCCGUUCACGUUGAAUUACUUAUGGGCAAGUUUACUUAUCAUUGCUGGUAUUUACAUUAAUAUAUUUGCAAAAACCAGUAUCAAAAUGCCGUCUUUGUUGAGCAUGUUACGAAGAAGGAGAGUCAAGGAAAAAGAUCUUCCUGAUAUUGUGUAGUGUUCAUUACUUUCUAUGAUCGUGAUAAAAUUUGUUUUCUUUCUAAUUAAAUUUUUUUACCUCCAAA